AUGUUUUCGGCCAAUGCGCCACUCCAAUCGCCCUACACCAUCACGCUUCCGGUUGAUCACCAUCCCGUGAAGUUUGAAAUGGACACUGACAUAGCUGUUACUCUCAUCAAUGAGGCCUCUCUUCGGAAAUUACUCUUCCUUCUUCCGGCUACCUCAACAUUCCGUAGUUAUACUGGACAGAACGUAGAGGUUCGAGGGUUUUUUACAGCCGAAGUCGAGCAUGAUGGAGAACUUCAUUACUUGCCGGUUCAUGUGGUGAGAGGAAGCUAGUAACAAAAUCUCCUCAGAAGGAAUUGGAUUAAAUGUGUGCCUUCUGUACUAUCCUAUGUACAUCGGAUUGGUGUAAAUCCGUCUCUAAAUUCAAUUUUGCUAAAUCAUAAGGAUCUAUUUCGUCACGAUUCUGCUACCCACUACCGCAGUCCACCUGUUAAGUUCCAGUUUCAGUCAGCUUUCCGGCCUCCGCCCUUCAAAGCUCGUACAGUCCCCUUUGUAGUCGCACCGAAGGCCGAAGAAGAGCUGGAUCGCCUACAGAAAGCGGAUAUUAUUGAGCCCAUGCAAUAUUCGGAAUGGGCAGCCCCAAUAAUUCCUGUUCUUAAAACCAAUGGUUCUGUGCGUAUCUGUGGCGACUACAAGCUUACAAUCAACUCAGCAACUAAACUGAACCCUUAUCCUCUCCCGCGCAUCGAGGAUCUGUACGCAUCUCUCUCGGGUGGUCAUCAAUUUGCAACUUUGGACCUAAAGCAUGCCUACAACCAAGUCGUUCUAGAUACUGAAUCCCGAGACGCCACCACCAUCAAUAAGCAUCGGAGUUUAUUUCGAUAUAAAAGACCAUCAUUUGGAGUAAGUUCGGCCCCCGGCUUAUUUCAAUGCUUGACUGAUAACCUCAUGAAGGAUAUACCUCACGUUUUUGCAUACCCUGACGAUAUAUUAGUCACCGGUCCAAGUCAUCUGGAGAUUCUAAACAUCGUGUUAGGACGUUUAGAGGACGCAGGUUUUAAACUCAGGAAAGAUAAGUGCACUUUUCUUGCCGACUCGGUAGAAUACCUGGGCUUCGGGGUGGAUAAAACUGGCCUCCAUCCACUCGAACAUAAGCUCAAAGCCUUGAAGACGGCGCCGCGCCCCAACAAUACUAGUCAAUUGCGUUCAUUCCUGGGGUUGGUCGCCCACUUUAGUCGCUUUAUUAAUCAAUCGGCUACCGCUCUAAAGCCUCUUUAUCGACUACUUGAAAAGAAUAGUUGCUGGCGCUGGUCGGAGAUCGAAAAAAGUGCUUUUGAACAAGCAAAGGCGGCUCUUACCUUCUCAUCUUUCCUAGUUUAUUAUGACACCGAAAAGCUUAUCAUACUGAAAUGUGAUGCGUCUCCGUAGGUGCGGGUCUCAUGCACCGAAUGCCUUCUGGUGCGGAGAUGCCAAUUGUCUUUGCAUCAAGAACCAUGUCACAGGCGGAAACCAACUAUUCACAAUUAGAUAAAGAGGCCUUCGCAAUCGCGUUUGGUCUACAUCGCUUCCACCUGUAUCUUUUGGCCGACCCUUCGAGAUUCAAACUGAUCACAAACCCCUCUUAGGUCUGCUGGGAGAAAAACGAGGGAUACAACAGAUGUCCUCGCCGAGAAUGCAACGAUGGGCACUCACCCUGUCUGCUUACACGUAUGCAAUGAAAUACGUUACAGGUAGUGCAAACGUAGUGGCUGACGCCUUGAGUAGUCUGCCUAUUGUGGACGAUGGUAUUAACGGCCCCCCCUGUUUUUAAGACCAUAAAUCUUUUGCAGAACCUAGUCAACGCACAUGUAACCUGUCAACAAAUUCGACAGUGGACAUCGAGAGACCCUCUCCUAAGUCGGGUAAAAAGAGCCUUGCAAUCUGGCUGGCCGUCCUCUACCUCCCCUGAUUUUCAACCAUUCUUAAGCCGUCUGAUCGAAGUUAGUCUACAAGACAGAUGCAUACUAUGGGGUAAUCGUGUAGUUGUGCCACCACAAGGCCGAUGGGCCAUCCUCAGAGACCUGCAUGAUGCCCAUCCUGGUACAGUUAGAAUGAAAGCUCUCGCCCGCAGCUAUGUUUGGCGGCCCAAAAUUGACGCAUAUAUAGAAUACGUGGUGAAAGCAUGUCACGUGUGCCAAGUAACACAGAAGACCUUACCGAAGGUUCCCCUGAAGCCUCGCCGUGGAAGAGGGUACACGUCGAUUAUUUUGGGCCAUUCCAGAGCCAUAUGGUUUUGGUGGUAGUCGACGCCCACACUAAAUGGAUUGAUGCGAUUCCGACAGGAAAUUCUUGUUCUUCACUGACUACAAUUAACAAGUUGCGAACCCUUUUUCUUCUUUUGGGACACCUGAAAUGGUCGAUUCAGAAAAUUUUCCUGCCUGUACUAGUGCAGAAUUUAAAGCUUUCAUGGAUACACAAGGAAUUAGACAUUUAACUACUGCCUCGUACCACGGUGCUUCUAAUGGCCUCGCAGAGCGUGCAGUCCAGACAAUAAAGCACGCACUAUCCAAACAGACGGAAGCGAACUUGGCCACCAAAUUGUCACGCUUUCUUUUCAGCUAUCGCAUAACACCAAACGACUCAACUGGUGUUUCGCCUGCAGAAUUUAUGUUCAAGCGGCAGUUGCGCACAGGACUCGACCUGCUUAAUACAUCAAGGCAUGAUAGAGUCAUUGCAAAGCAGACGAAAAUGAAAGUACGAUAUGAUGUGAACACCCGACCACGAGUCGUCGCGCCUAACGAAAGUGUCUACACGAAACUGGAACACGAAACGAACUGGUGUCCAGCGGUAAUUCUAACAAGCGAGGGGCAAAUAUUAGAAUUAGAGUUAGAAGAUGGGAGAAUUGUGCGUCGGCAUCUGGACCAAGUUCGCAGCCGAACGGACACAUUAAGUGGAGAGUUCGGAAAGUUCGAACUGCCAGCAAACCUUGAUAGGGAUCCUGACAUCCCGAGGACUGAACAACUACUGCCUGCACAGAGCACUACGCCAUCCGCCGAGGCGUAUGUUCUUCCUCCUCCUUCUACCCCGGCCAGCACUAGCUUAGGGGCAGAGGAGCCAGUGACUGCACAAAGCGCCGCGGAGGUAGAAAAUACCGCCGUGAGAAGAUCAACCCGAAUUUGCAAACCUGUCCAACGCUUUCAGGACGAAUGUUAUUAGAACUUUGUCUAACUAUCCACUAUUACUUUACUGUUCCCCCCUCCCCUCCACCUCAUGCACUCUACUUUAGAGUGGAGGGAUGCAGCGUAUCCUGCCCGGGCCGUCAGGACUUCAUGCCACAAACGCGUGACAAGCGAACGAUCGAGGUCAUGACCUCCGUUCACGCUUCUUUGUGCUGAUUGGCCACCCAUCAGCCUAUGACAGUCCCCCUUGCCAUAUACUCGGACUUUUCUCCAAGCCUCCUCACUUGUGCUGUCUCUCGGACUCAGUACACGUCCUAUUUCCAAAUACACUUCUGUUUUGCAUACAAAAAAUUAGGGUCGAUGUCACUUACAGACUUCAAGAAAGCGUUCGACAGCGUCCCACACAAACGCCUAAUCUACAGACUUUCUGAAAUUAGGAUAAGGGGAAGGCUGCUGACAUGGAUAACAGAUUUUGUUACCGGAAGAUCACAAACCGCGUGCAUUGAGGCCUCACGGUCAACUCCUAACCCCAUUCUAAAUGGUGUAGCCCAGGGCUCCGUCUUAGGGCCGUUGCUAUUCCUGGUUUACAUUAACGACUGCGUCGACGACCUGAGGUGCAGAGCCAUCAUGUUCGCUGACAAUGUUAAGCUGUGGAGACCCAUCAGAUCGUACGCAGACAGGUACGCGCUUCAAGACAGUCUCAACCGCCUGAACAGUUGGUCAGCUCGCUGACUCCUUAAUUUUAAUGUGGACAAAUGUGUGGUCCUGAGACUCUGCACCAGACGGACCAGUAAGAAGGACGAUUUCUUUCAAAACGUCCUUGGUGGUCAGCCCCUUUCAAAUGUUGUGGAACAGAAAGACCUGGGUGUCCUAAUUACCUCCUCGCUGAAACCAUCAUCACAUCGUCAAAGGGCAGCCAAAAGUGCGAUAAGGGUGUUAUUUGCGCUGAGGCGAGGAUUUGUGCAGAUCGAUAAAAAGCUGUUCGGAAAAACCUAUGGGGCAUUCGUCCUGUCUCACUUAGACUGGCGACCGUGGUUGAAAAAAGAUUAGCAACGAUUGGAAAGAGUGCAGGCGAUGGCUACGAAGAUGGUCUAGAAUCUUCAUCAUUUGCCUUACGAAACCAGGCUGACCAAACUAAAUCUGCUUCCUCUAAAUUACAGGCAACUGCGCGGCGAUCUCAUUUAAACCUACAGGAUUGUCAGAGGCCGUGAGUGUGCCCUCGACGUUGGUGAAUUCUUCAAAUUGGUCGGGACUGACCGCCUGCGUGGUGAUCCCUUCAAACUGCAGAGGAAGCUGGCUCAUUCGGACGUCUGACGGAACGCCUUCACUCACAGGGUCACUAGGACAUGGAACGGACUCCCUGAUGCGGUGGUUCUUUCCGAAAGUGUCCAAUCCUUUAAGUGUAGACUAGAUGCUCAUUUUUGAGAACAAACUGUACAUAUAAUCAGGAUUGUUUAAGCGGCAGCAGUUUGCGCCUGGCUCACACUUACCGCUAACUUUAUAACUAUUCGCAUUUGCUGAUGUAAUUGAUGACUUCAUUUCUGUCUAUAGAUAUAAAUAGGGAGCUCAAGAGCGAAAGCCCUAUCCCUUUAAUAAACUGACUUAAACUAUGGCAAUCCUCCUGAAGAAACACGAAAGGAAAUGUGCGACCGCCCCUUUACAGCUGGCCAGAUAGACUGAAAACCACCAACUAAAAAACACCCAAAUUUACACAACUGGAAAUUACUUUCAAUUUCAAGCCGAUAUCAAGAUUCUUCAAUUUCCCUGAAGGGCAUAAUUAUUCAUGCCCCCCAGAAACUACCAAAGUGCAAACUUCGAUUUUUAUAUUGUGCAUAAAGUUCUUUUGUGAAGCUUUUGCGAUUAUUUUUUCUUGGAACUCAAGUUUUUUUAUUUAAAACAAACAUUCAAUGUUCGCUCUAUUGCCUAGACAGACACCCAAAACAAAUGAAUUUAAAGUGUAGUCGAAAUAUAUGAGUUUGUUUUAGGCUAUAUUCCUGUAUUCACAGGAGACUGACAGUGCCCAAGGGGCGCUAUAAUAAACCUAUUCUAUUCCAUAUAUGCCACGGACAACGUCCCGAUGCGUACUCGACUCAUGUAUUUCAAAUUUACCGUAACAUUUCUACUUGUUAAUAUAUAAGGCGUGUGAUCUGACCCCCACAACCUCGUAAUUCACAUGCCCUCAUGGCAAUUUGAUCGUUGAAUACAAUGAAGACCACCUGUGAUCCACCGCAAGAUGGAGCAGGCGCGGCGACUUGAUCAUAAAUUAGUUUAUAAGGAACGUAGACUAGUGCCGCAUCUAUCGAACUCUCUCCAGCCCCAACCUGGGCCCGCUGUCAAGACAGAGUGCAUGCGGAUAGUACGACCAAGUCCGCAAAUUCGCGCUGCAUUCCGCACCACCACGUUGACACAACAAUUGAGCAGAAUUGUGAAGAGGGAGACACAACCGCUGGGACACGAGCUUUAUUUGCCUGACGGUUCGUAUUCCUACCGGAACCCAUCAUCAGAGACAAUAGCAGAUACGGGUGGACCAAGCACAAAGGGCUGCAGUAUCUAUGGACUGCAGUCUCCAUGCCACCGCAUACAUUUGAAAAUUAACGGCUUUCACCCUCAUAAGAGAUACUUGCACUUUGUGUGAUGACUGUUUUAUGGCCGACAUUUGAGUCGUUAAUUGCAGCAAUUCCGUCAGGGGUAUUGGAUGUCACUGUAAUGAUUGCUCGACCAUCUGACCCACCGACCCUAGCGCUAGGAACAGAGUUCACCUGUGCGCCCACUACGUGGCUAAUUACUCCGCCUAGGCAAAGUCCCAGAGCAUAGUAUUGAAGAGGAAGUUCGUUGAGCUUGUUAAUAGACUUGGAGCUGUAAACCAUGACUUAAUAAGUUCGCAGCUCACGCGAUUGUCUUCUUUAUUGAGAAGUUCGGCUUCUUCGAAUAUGAAAGUGUGGCCGCAUAUCGUCGAAUAAGCCGCAACUUGAGAGCUGGUGUCAUUUCUCCGCACUGCUGCAGCGUGUCCUGCUAUUCGUGUUCGGAGUAUUCUUCCGGUGUUUUCGACGAAGUUGCUUUAACCGCAACUGCACCAGACUGUGGUGGAUUAAUGACUUAAGUAUUCAGGAGGGUGAUAAAUAAAACGCAAUUACUGAACCUCAACAACAACAACAACCACGCAAUUACCCAACAGCAGUAGUGUAAGUACGCUCUAUCGGCGUGUUGAAACAAACUGCAACGAGCCGGAAGACAAGAUUGCCAAUCUGCAAUACCACUGACGGAUCCACAGAGCCAACUGCAUCAGUCGGUCCAUACGAAAACGAGGCCAAACCGCACAUAACGCAAAUUUGUCGAGCGAUUCCAUAUGCUAGAACGUUUCGAAAAUUGUCGGCCGCCUUCUCGCACCACUUGGGGUUGGAGUUGCACACAGACCGGAGAUUGCUACUCGAGACGCCGUAACCGCUGUCAGAGCAUUGACCAAAAGAAGACCGGAUAAUGUGAACUCACGGACGAGAGCGGUACAAAUCUGCUCUUGCACGGGAUGGUUGAACGAGCCCGCGACACAGCACUGGAGAACGAAAUCCGAAAGCUGUCUAAUCCAAAGUCGCCCGAAAAACGACAAACCGGUGAACAACCUGUCGCUUACUUUCCCGCACUUAGUCUGGACGAUUAACCUUCAUAGGCCGGGUGACCAGUUAUCAGUCUACUGAGAGGCACUACCCAUGUACACACACACGCACACACACAGCAGGUGGACUGGCGUUGGCGAAGAAUGCUAUCAUAAACUACGCGGCAGGUUGGGAGCAGUCACCGUGACUUGUGCGCGAGUUAGUUUAUAGUGAGGGUAGACCUUCACAGUGUCUACCGCAGUCCUUGCUCCUCCUCUUCACCCGAGCCCGGUGUCGAGACAUAAUCAAGAAGGCCUGAGAUGAGGAAGGGUGCAGGUGGAUGAGUCGACCGAGCCCGCACCUAGACGUACCACCGUACUUUCUGGUGCACACAGCUGCUGACUAGGAAUUUAACCAAUAAAAUCACUAAUAAUAACAUCAUCAACAACGACAGAAGCAGAGAGACAAGGAUGAGUGGGCAGGCAUUCUCACGACAUGUACACCCAGCGGAUGCACAAGCACAUCUGCCGUUAGAAAUCCAUGCGUCGGAAACUGUCAGCAAGUACCAGGCAGCAAGUGUCACAAUUUGCUGAUUCUGGCGUAGCAGAAACUUGCAGACUUUUUAGCCCAGCAGGGUGAUACGGGGCCCUGAGUUUUAAUGGGCCGACACCCUACAAGGCUGGGUAACCAAAACUUCGUCGACUGAUUUUCUGAAUCAUUCGUCAGUGGGCUCUGUCUUGCUGGUUGUCUGAUUGAAGGUAGAUAUGAUCAAGAGACAUCACGGGUGACAAUGCCCACAGUUUGAAUCGCAUUAAGUGGCGCUCGAUUGCGCGCGCAGCUAAACAAGGAUCCAUCCAUUGAAGCCUAUGGGACGGCGGCAGGUUUUCCGCACUCUUGCGAUUCUUCCCCGCUUUUCACCAGUCUACUUACAGCAGGAAAAUCCGGUAAUGAAGCGGCUGCCACACCCAAUGCUACAUGGCCAUCAGCUGGAUAAAUAUAUCGACGCACUACCCUAUACUGAGAUAGCAUGAUAUACCAUAAUUUAUAGCACAGGUACUAGCCAUGUAAAUGCAAAUGCUCUAUGCUUGCCGACGAAAUGAACAUAUGGGGUUUAUUCCGGGCGCUGUCGACGAUGACAGACCGGAACUAAACCUAAAUCGGUUCAAGGGUAGUCGGAUCGUUAGCUCAUGGGGUUAAGCGUUGGCAACACAGCCGGAUCCGCCAGCACAACAUACUACAUUGUAAGCGGUGCAACUUUAUGGGACGUUGAAGCCCAAAAAGUGUCUCACAAUGUUGUCGGCGAACUCCCUAAAACCCCCCGCCCACUGUUUGAGAGCGGUCAAAAGCGUAAUGUUCAUACGGUACGUCAUUGAGCGAAGAUUUAUGGAUUUUGACGAAAAUGUUUUCGCAAAGACGUUAAGAACAUUUCUGCGGCUGACUUGUAAUACGGCAUGCACACCUGGAGACCUGCGGGCGGUUCAAGAUAAAAACUGUCUUGAAAGAGUUCAGAGGAGAACCAGGAAAACGGUUAGGGGUUAAAACGCAUUUCCUUAUGUAAGAGGCCUAAUAAAUUUGAACCUCUACCCAUUGAAUUAUACGCAAAUGAGCGGAGAUCUCCUGCAAAAAUUCUGCAUAGUGAAAGAAUUUAAUUGCAGCCUGGCUUUUGAGGACAUCUGUGAAUUCGCUACUGUGACCAACCUCUGGGAUCACACAUUAAAAUAGCUCAUCCAGGAGGCAAGGCUGAAUGCGCGGAACUUCUCAUUUUCUGUCCGAUGCUCUAGGCGCAGAUGUUGUGAUGUCACCACUGGUUGAGGGCUUUAAAAAGAACCGUGACAUAUGUGAUUUUCGAAACGAACAUGAGCAAUGAAUGAUUGAGCUCAUCGCUUUAGACUCACUCACGUUUUGUCCGACCAUUAGGAAUCCGUUUGAAUUAUUUUAGUCCAGAUAAUUUAACUGUACACUAUGACCUAUUUUACGUCGGAAAAUUAAAGCCCAAACCCUAAGACACAUUUCCCUUAAUAAACUGUAAUGAGCGAAAUACUUUCCGACUUAAGGUUAAAUAGCACUUGCACUUCCAACCCCAGAUCCUAUCCAUCGUAUCCUUGAACUCCACUAAAAGAAAAAAACUUGAAUCUUUGAGCACAAAAGUGCAGCGUCAUUUGAAUUAUGGCAUAUAUUUUGUAGAACGAACUUGAGGAUGCUCUGUCUCAUGGCAUAAAUGUGCGAGUCGUUAAACAAGAAUGAAAAGAAGUAUAGCAGAGCUGUUUGUUUGCAGGACGACAUCAUCUCCGAUACUCCCUCUGAGGAAUGUAGGCGUCACGACUCACUUGUUCACCUGAUCGCCAGUGGAUCUAGUGAUAGACAGAAGCGUUCUUACAACUUCCUGCUAAAAAUGUUCCUCGAUCUGCUCGGCCAAUUGAUGUUGCGACCAAUUUCCUGUAUUCAUGUGGUUGCAACUACAAAAUAGCCGAUGUCAAACGCUUGUACUCCCGUAGCAAAAAUCCACCCAUCUUAGUCAAAUUUUUUUCAUCAAUCGAGGUAGACACAAUCUUUACCCAUCGAGAGCGUGCCACUGCGUACCUAGAAAAGGCAACAUUUUUCCUUUGUCAUGGUCUUACUCCUAUGCAGCGUAGAAUCGGGUCUCUAUUCUCACGUAAACCCACUGCCUCUCAGUCUUAUGCUCCCCAACUCGGUUAUAAUACGAGUGGCCGUAAGGAUUCAACUUCUCCUACUCCUGCGCCAUCAGACUCCCUCCUUCCUCGUUCUCCUACGUCUCCAUCUCACUCAAGCAACUUGACGCAUUUUCCUGCCCCUAAACUUGCAGCAGCAGCAGCAGCAGCAGCAGCAGCAGCAGCAGCAGCAGCAGCAGCAGCAGCAGCAGCAGCAACCCCAUUUGUCGUUUCGUAUCCUCCGGAUAGUCCCGCUGAAACACAUGGAAAUCCGUCUACAUCAGGUAGACCGAUAA